AUGGGCAUGAAUAUCUUUGUGUACAUGGAUGAUAUAUUGACUGCAACAGAUUUGAUCAAGCAUCACAUGGAAGUGCUGAAGGAAGUCCUGAGGAGACUUAGACUACUGGAUUUGAAAACUAAGUUAGCCAAGUGUUUGGAAUUAGAGGGUAAUCUGUUGGUUAGGAUAAUUAAAUAUAAAUUAAGGCCAAGUGAAAGUAAAGGGAAUACGACACAGAUCGUGAUUCUGAAAGUCCUAAUUCCAGUGGUCUUAGAUGGCAAGUUUGGAAGUCCAAAAUCUGGGGGUAGAAAAGAUGACCUUGAUGAUAAAGAGGAGGAGGAGGAGGAGGAGGAGGAGGAGGAGGAGGAGGAGGAGGAGGAGGAGGAGGAGGAGGAGGAGGAGGAGGAGGAGGAGGAGGAGGAGGAGGAGGAAGCUUUAAGCCUGGCCUACGUGUGUACUGUAUAUACUCGUGUAUCAUGUGACUUGUGA